AUGUCCCUCCUUUUCUGGUCUAACACCUUUGAUUGCCCACAGGUUGCAAAGAAACUGGGCCUGAAGGUGAACGAGGUGGAUUUCUAUGAGCCAUUCAUGGAUGACCCUGUCCGUGUCCCUGAAAAGCCUUAUACCGAAGAGGAACUUGUGGAGUUUGUGAAUGAGCAUAAAAGAUCCACACUACGCAAGUUGCGCCCGGAAGACAUGUUUGAGACCUGGGAGGAUGACAUGGAUGGAAUUCACAUUGUGGCGUUUGCUGAAGAAGAUGACCCAGAUGGCUACGAAUUCCUGGAGACUGUGAAGCAGGUGGCCAAAGACAAUACCAACAAUCCCGACUUGAGCAUUGUCUGGAUCGACCCGGAUGAUUUUCCACUGCUGGUCACAUAUUGGGAAAAGAUCUUCAAGCUGGAUCUAUACAAGCCACAGAUCGGUGUGGUCAACGUCACCGAUGCUGACAGUAUUUGGAUGGACAUCAGAGAUGACGACGACCUUCCCACACCCGAGGAGCUGGAGGACUGGAUUGAAGAUGUCCUUGCUGGGAAGAUAAAUACUGAAGAUGACGAUGUUGAUGAUGACGAUGAUGACGACGAUGACGAUGACGACGAUGAUGACGAUGACUAGGGCAUGUUCUCCAGAAUUUGUCUUUGGGCAGGACAUCUCAACACCUGAAAAUGUUGCUUCCCCUUAAGGGAAAGAAGGCACCCAUUGUCCAUCAGGACUUCUGAAAGCUGUUUUUGUGGGUCAUUAAAGACUCGUUGUCUCA